AUGAGUGAAGAUGAAAGUAUUUCUGAUGAUUUACUUAUUUCUGAAACUUUUGAAGAUUAUUCUUUGCUGAAAUAUGAACUAUAUAAAGAUGAAGAAGAGGAAGUAACGAUCAAUAAUCAAUUUGCAUGGAUUUUAUUAUGCAAAGAAAUCGCUUGGCCUCAAAGACAAAUUUUAUAG